UAAUACCACUAGAGGCACCACAGGCAAAGGCAGCUAGGCAGCAGCGGCAGAGCAGCUCCCUCGUAGUGGCGUCAUCGGACAUACUUGUUUUUUCUUAACAAUCAACGAUAUUUGUUAUAAUUAAAAUUAGACCGCUGAACAUUUAUCAAACCGCUGUGGAGUGAUAGCGUAACCGUGAUAAUUCAUUGUCAGUUUUGCACAGAUUUUGUACGGAAUGAGGCGUAAAAGCGAAAGAAACAAAUCCAAGGGAUCCCCUGAGAAAAAAGUGGAAAAAGCUACGCGUAAAUCAACGAGAAAGAGGGGAAAAAGAGCGACAUCUUCAUCCCCUGAGCGGGAAGAUGGAGAAGGAAAAUCUACAGAUGUUACUAAGACCCAGGAAAAAGUUACGAAAGACCCUACACCGCAGCCAACGACCAGGCUAAAGAUUAAAGAGAUAAAAACUAUAGUCGAAGAAGAAGUACCUUUGAAGACUAUUGUUCCAGUCGCGGCAGAAUCUACAACUGGAGCAGAAAAAACUCAGGAUGGAGGUGAAGGUGCCUCUGUUUGGAAGGUAGCUAGGGCUGAUGCCUCUCCGGGGGAAAUUCAGAAGCUUAAAUUAUGCAGACAACGUAACCCAUCUGAAGCAUCAGACAGUUCUUCGUCUAGGAAAAAAUCUCACAAAUCGUAUGAAAGUGGUGAGGGUGACGGGGAGGAGGGUGACUCCGCAGAAGAGCUACCGAGGUUACGGAAGAGAGACGUCGGUGGCGUAUCGCAGGACGAUCCCUCCUCUUCGAACCCUGGUCAGGACUCCAAGGAAGAGGUAAGUCAUUGUAGGGAGAUCCUGCCCAGAACCACUUCAGCCAACUUCUUGUCUGACGAUAAACAAAACGUAGAUCGGCUAGCCGACAACGUCGACCAGGCUAUUCGUUACGACCCAAACUGUCCUGUCCAGAAGUCCCCAGAGACCAACGACAGGCAUGGGGAUACCAAUUCUAAUGGAAAUGAUUGCAACAAUAGCGAAGCUCCCGCUACCGGGCGGGAUGCUUCAGAGGAUUCUUUAAAAGAUCUAGGAGAAGGAAGGAAGGUUGAGGAGAUCGAAGUAAAAGUGGAUGUAAAGGAAGAAGUAGAGGCAGAGGUGAAGGCAAAAAUUCAAGUGAAAACAGAGGUAGAGGAAAAGGACAUAAUUGAGGCUAGUGAAAUGCCUGUAGAGGGUCAAAAAAUAGAGCCAGAUGCUAGCGCAAGGCCCCAAGAGUCGAGCAGUGACGAUGAAAGGCGUAAAAAGCAGAAUCCGGAGCCGGCUAUUGAGCCAAAAGCGCAGACAAGCCGACCCGAACUCCGUUCACAGCGUUCCACUAGGAGAAAGCAUCGGACUAAAUAUCACGAAUCUUCAGACUCUGAUACUCAAGAUUCUGAAGACGAGCCUUCUGAAAAAAAAAAUGAUGACUCUGUUUCCCAUGAGGAAGCCAAAGAACCAGAAAAAUCCAAAAGUAAGUCGCCGUCCCCUGAGACUAGGCUCAGUUUCUCUGCUGGUGAUAUAACUGAGUCUAAAAUUAUGAACAACGGUGAGGAUGAAGAACGGAUGAAUAACUUCAGCGACGAUAAACCUCAAGAUGAAAUUUCUGUCAAUUCUCGCCCUGUUGAAUACAAACCCGCCAAAGUCAAUUUGAAAAGAUCAUUCUCGGCAAGACUAGGAGAGAGUGAGGAGUCCGCAAAAAAAGAGGACAUUGAGAAAAACGAAGAUAGUGAAACUGCACUUUCUCAUGUUAAGGAAAAUCAUGGGGCAGUUGAGGAGACGGAUGUAAAAAAUUUGCCACGAAGACGUCGCUGGGGAACUACUGUUACGACUGAAGUUACUCCAGCCUUUACAGUAUCGACCGAUUCUUUGAAGGCUUUAGUACCUGGUGCAAAGCCACUGUCGAUAACGGAAGUAAAGCUUUCCAAAGAUGAUGACGAGGAAAAAGAGCGACGGAAUAAGGAGCGCGAGAAGAGACACUCAAUCAGUGAUGAUACCGGAGAACGCAAAGUAAAAGAGGAGGGUACCGCCAUAAGGAAUGAGAGUUUGAAAAGAGGGGAUCUCAAACACGAAAAUCACAUUGGGGCAAAGCGGAAGAUAUCCAUUCUCAAAGAAGCCCCACAUGUGCAAUCAUUAAGUCCGCCAUUGGCUAAGCCAACCAAUGUACUCCUCAUUAAAAACCUUGUACGACCAUUCACUUUGAACCAAAUCAAAGAACUCCUUUCUCGAACGGGUACUAUAGUAGAAAAUGGUUUUUGGAUCGAUGGAAUAAAGUCCAAGUGCUACGUUGCGUAUUCCAACGAGGAUCAGGCAUUUGAAACCAGACAGGCUCUGCAUGGAAUUUCUUGGCCAGUGUCAAAUCCCAAACGUCUUCAAGUUGAAUAUGGGACUAAAGAGGAUAUGGAACUUGCCCGCGAAUUGUCUAAGGAUCAGCCUAUCCUACGCAAAACAGAGCCUCUUCUUGGCAGUGACACUUGGCAGCAAGUAUGGGCUCGUGACGAGAAACAGAACGUUGGAGUUAAGGUGACUACAGUCCGAGAAUGGGACUUGGGAAAGGAGGAUGGUCACCAAAUGAAGGAAAAGGAACGGGACAAAAAAGAUUUGGAUAAGAAGAGGAGACAGAGAAGUCGUAGUCCACCCAUGGAACCCCACUUACCCCCGCCUGCACGCAAGUUUAAGAAGAAGGAAGAUGAACCACCACCAGCUAAGCUUCUGGACGAUUUAUUCAAGAAAACCAAAGCAAUGCCAUGUAUAUACUGGUUACCUCUCACCAACGAGCAGAUCGUGGUGAAGGAGGAGAUGCGACGGCAACAUAUGGCAGAGCAUGCGCGUAGACUUGAGGAGAUGAAGCGUGCGGAACGUAGCAGAGAUCCAGCAACACGUCGACGUCGCAGUCCAAGGAAAUAGACCCUAAUGUAUUCGCUCAUACCAUUACCCUCCCAAAAUAACCGAAGAUGACUGACGAUUAGACAGCCAAAGACUGGCAAUCAAAUACAAGAGCAGAAAUCUAUACACAAAUAGUUUACCAAACUAAAAAAAUCAAUACUUAUUGCAAAUAGUCGGUUUUUAAUGACGUAGGACUUUAUCCCCGUCUCUAUCGUUCUUUUUUUUAAGUUCUGUUCGCUGUUCCAUUCAGACGGUUUUGAAGUCGCGAUUUCUUUUAUUUUAUUCUUCUUUGUCUAAUAAUUCACGAAUGUUCAUGACUACAAAUCUAGUUACUGUUCAUAGUUACGUAAAGUACUGACGCAUUCGAGUCCAUACCUAGUCCUGGUCCUUUUUAUCCACAAUUUCAGCAUUAAACCAUAUUUCUUACAGGUCAACUACUACCGUUAGUACCGUUGGUCAAUUGAACUAAAUAUUUGCGCAGGGAUCGUCACCAACAGAUCCAUAAAUCUCUAUUGUUUUGGAUAUUGCACCAGGCCUCGAUAAUGAGAAUUCGCCCUCGACCUCGGCGAGAGGUAGGGGCCACGCCGUGGGAAUAGAAAAGAUAAACCUUUCGGGAUAAUGUCAAUCGAUCUACGUUUGAAAUGAUUAAAUGGCUAAAGACAUCACCGCAUCAUACGAGACGCUGGAAAUGCGCCAAAUAAUUAUAUUUCACGCGUUUUUUAUUUUACACAAACUGCACGUGAAAAGAGAGUCUAAAAACUACCGCAUUGCCGAAUAAAAUUUUAACAUUAUUAAUAGAUAAUUAUUGGUCGUAAGAAAUUAGCCGCAUUUAGAAUACCUAAGCGCAUCAGCGGAAGACCGAAAUCAACGCUAUGUUCUUUAAAACAGUUUCACAAACCUGAGAUGAAUCGGGUAGGGAUAGCUGGGGCCGUUCGGCGAUAUAAAAAUGAAAAACAAAGUCGCGACAUUCAAUGUGGCCGCAUCGCCAUUCGAAACCAUAUUGUAUAUAUUAUACCUGGUAUUCCCAAAUGUGACGUAUUAAAUUAUCAAUGAACAUACAAAUGGAUCCUAAGAAAUGAAAGAAAAUAUAAAGUACGCUAGCUCUCAUCCCUCUUAAUGGGAUACUCGCCCUUUUCGAAUAAUUAAAAGAUAUGUAGAAAAAUCUACUUGGUAGUUUAUGAAUAAAAAAGUAAAGGUGGAAUUUA